AGAGAGGGGAGAAGAAGAGGAGGAGGAGGAAGAAGGGAGGAGGAGGAGGAGGGAGGACACAAGCAAGAGAAGCUUCGCCGGGCGUGUAGUUGUGAAGCUUCCUUUCCCUGCCUCUCUCUCUCUCUCUCUCUCUCUCUCUCUCUCUCUCUCUCUCUCUCCUCCAUCCGUGAUGUUACAAAGCCUGUGAGCUGUUCCUUUCCCCCACUCGCCUCCUGUCACUUCCUUCCUAGACGCUCUCAGGACGAUUCCUGCUUACUUUUAAUCCGGCCAGCAGCACGGGCACUUUCGCCUCCUGAAUCCUCAGAUACACACACACAUACGCCGCCACCAUCGCCAGAGAGCUGCUGGCUGCUCAUUGGAUUGCUUUGCAAGGUUGUGUGUGUGCGCGCGUGUGCGUUGCGCGCGCGCGUAUGUGCGGUUAAAGGAGGCUGCAUGUUGAACCAGGUGGUGAACAUCUUACAAGGCUGGAAGAACUAAAGGCUCCCCCCACCCCUGCUUCCUUCUCCUCCUCCUCCUCCUCCUCCUCCCCACCACUCUCCUCGGUCUCUUGUCUCUUCUUCUCCCUCGGUUGCUCCCAAGAAGGGGGAAAUAUCUCAAGGACUAGCCUGAUCAUCCAGCCCUUUGCAAUCAGGAACGGAUGCAGGGGUCUGUGAAUUGAAUCGCGUAAGUGCUGAAGAAGGAUUCUUGGUUUGAGGAAACAGGAAAGAGGAAGGAAAGAUAAGAAGAAAAUACACGAGUGUAGGAACGAACGAGAGAAGAAAAACGGGGACUAUGGGGAGAAAAAAGAUUCAGAUCACAAGGAUUAUGGAUGAACGUAACAGGCAGGUGACAUUUACGAAGAGGAAAUUUGGGUUAAUGAAGAAGGCUUAUGAGUUGAGUGUUCUCUGUGACUGUGAGAUUGCUCUAAUAAUCUUCAAUAGCACCAACAAACUGUUUCAGUACGCCAGCACUGAUAUGGACAAGGUGUUGCUGAAGUAUACAGAGUACAAUGAGCCACACGAGAGUCGAACGAAUUCAGAUAUUGUUGAGACGUUGAGAAAGAAAGGACUUAAUGGCUGUGACAGCCCAGACCCCGAUGCAGAUGAUUCAGCAUUGAACAAGAAAGAAAACAAAGGCUGUGAAAGCCCCGAUCCUGACUCCUCUUAUGCCCUCACCCCACGCACUGAAGAAAAAUACAAAAAAAUUAAUGAAGAAUUUGAUAAUAUGAUCAAGAGCCAUAAAAUUCCUGCUGUUCCACCACCUAACUUUGAGAUGCCAGUUUCUAUCCCAGUGUCCAACCACAACAGCUUGGUAUACAGCAACCCUGUAAGCUCAUUGGGUAACCCCAACCUGUUGCCUCUGGCCCACCCUUCCUUACAGCGGAAUAGCAUGUCUCCUGGUGUGACACACCGGCCACCGAGUGCAGGAAACACAGGUGGCCUGAUGGGUGGGGACCUCACAACCGGUGCAGGCACCAGUGCAGGGAACGGGUAUGGCAACCCCCGAAACUCACCAGGUCUGCUGGUCUCACCUGGCAACUUGAACAAGAAUAUGCAAGCAAAGUCUCCUCCUCCCAUGAACUUGGGAAUGAACAACCGUAAACCAGAUCUCCGAGUGCUGAUUCCACCAGGCAGCAAGAACACGAUGCCAUCUGUGUCUGAGGAUGUUGAUCUGCUUUUGAAUCAGAGGAUAAAUAACUCUCAGUCUGCUCAGUCAUUGGCUACCCCAGUGGUUUCCGUGGCAACUCCUACUUUGCCAGGGCAAGGGAUGGGAGGAUACCCAUCAGCCAUUUCAACAACAUAUGGUACCGAAUACUCACUCAGCAGUGCAGAUUUGUCAUCGCUCUCUGGCUUUAACACUGCCAGCGCUCUCCACCUGGGCUCAGUAACCGGCUGGCAACAACAACACCUACAUAACAUGCCACCAUCUGCCCUCAGUCAGCUGGGAGCUUGCACUAGCACUCAUUUAUCUCAGAAUGCAAAUCUCUCCCUGCCUUCUACUCAAAGCCUCAACAUCAAGUCAGAACCUGUUUCUCCUCCUAGAGACCGUACCACCACACCUUCGAGAUACCCACAGCACACGCGUCACGAGGCGGGAAGAUCCCCUGUUGACAGCUUGAGCAGUUGCAGUAGUUCGUAUGACGGAAGCGAUAGAGAGGAUCACCGGAACGAAUUCCACUCUCCCAUUGGACUCACCAGACCUUCGCCGGACGAAAGGGAAAGCCCCUCUGUCAAACGCAUGAGGCUGUCUGAAGGAUGGGCAACAUGAUAACAUUAUUAGCUAUUAGGGGUUUUUUUUUCCUUGCAGUGUGUGUGUGCGUGUGCGUGUGCUAUACCUUAAUGGGGAAGAGGGUGGGCGGGAGGGGGUCGAUAUGCAUUAUAUGUGCUGUGCGUGUGGGGGCGGGGGGGAAAGUCAGGUACUCUGUUUUGUAAAAGUACUUUUAAAUUGCCUCAGUGAUACCAUAUUAAAGAUAAACAGCAAUGCUGAGAUAAGCUUCGCACUUGAGUUGUACAACAGAACACUUGUACAAAAUAGGUUUUAAGGUUAACUUCUUUUCACUGUUGUGCUCCUUUGCAAAAUGUAUGUUACAAUAGAUAGUGUCAUGUUGCAGGUUCAACGUUAUUUACAUGUAAAUAGGUGGAAAAAAGAGAAAAAAAGGAAACGUUUUUUGCCCAACGGUGGCAGAUCUUUACUGAGAGAGAAAGCAGCUGUUAUGCAACAUAUAGAAAAUGUACAGACGUUUUGGGAGACCCAGAAAUUGGGUGACCAAGUAAAAAAAGAAAAAGGUUGGUCACCUAAUAUAUCUGAAAUGCACACAAAUAUGUUGGCGUAUUAUUGGAGUAUGGCAUUUAAAAGAGAACCAUACUUGUAAAAAAAAAUUAGUUUGAGGGCUAACCUAUUUAAUUUUUAAAAUUCUGGGUCUGCAUCACUUAUUAAAUAAAAAUAUAAAAAUAUGUAAAUUACAUUUUCCUUAUUUUCAUAUUAAAAAGUAAGACAGAGUUCGCAAAGCAUUGUGGCUUUUUGUAGUCUACUUAAGCCAAAAUGUGUUUUUUCCCCUUCAUAGCUUCGCCAAUAUUUUAAACAUCCCUGAAAGAAACAAAAGGGGACUUUUUGUUUUUGUAUAGAAAGCACUACCCUAAGCCAUGAAGAACUCCAUGCUUUGCUAACCAAGAUAACUGUUUUCUCUUUGCAGAAGUUUUGUUUUUGAAAUGUGUAUUUCUAAUUAUAUAAAAUAUUAAGAAUCUUUUAAAAAAAAUCUGUGAAAUUAACAUGCUUGUGUAUAGCUUUCUAAUAUAUAUAAUAAUUAUGGUAAUAGCAGAAGUUUUUUGUUAUCUUAAUAGUGGGGGAAUUAUAUUUGUGCAGUUGCACAUUUAAGUAACUAUUUUUUUCUCCUUUUGGUUUUUCUUUUAAUCUGCAUACAUUUUACAGAAUCAGUCAGCUGUUGAAGGCUAAUCUGCAAAAGAUUAGAUUUCCCCCCCCUUCCUAUAGCAGCCCAUAUAAUUCUAAUCCAUCUGCCAUCAGUUUUCUGAUCCAUUAUAUAUACUGAUCAGCUCCAUCCUACUGAUCUACACAUUUGAGGCCCUCUUCUUACUUUAUUUAUGUCUUGCGUAACUUGUGGCUUUCUGCAAAUAUUGAUCACAACAUGAUCUGGCUCAGCUUGGCCUUCAUUCCAUAAAUUCAUCAAAAGUGGCAUCCUCAUCAGAUUUGCUCUGAUUUGCAACCUGGAGAAAAAAAGAAAGGAAGUUUAGGAUAGCAUCCUUCAAAGCAUAGACAUCCAUGGUGGGAGAAGGCAAAGGAGGCAGUCCCCCCCCCCCCGAAGAACCAUAAUAUCCUGAUCCUCAGCUUUUUUAAAGAUGAAGUUUAAAGCAUUUUUAGGACCUGAGAUAGGAGGCAAAAUGAACAGGCACUGUUCUCUUUUUUGUGAGAAACUAGCCUGCUCCGCAUUUCAUAUCCUUUUCCAUUGCCACCGCCACCCUGGGAAAAUUCCUUCAGACUCCCAUGCUUCAAAGUGAAGUGGAAGUAAAUAUAAAAAUCCAAUAAGGAGUUACCUAAAAGGGGAGGUGCUAUCCCAAGCGUAAGGGUCUUUUAAACCCAAGGAAGGUUACGUUACCUCAGAAAUGUGAUUUGGCAUGCAAGUGUGGAAUAUCUCUUCCCGCUUAGACAAAAAUAAUGGAGGACAGGAAGAGCAGCACACCAGUUCUAAAGCUCAUUGCAAAGAUGAGCUGGUGGAACCCGAGGCCUGAUUUAUAUAUGCAUAUAGAUCACUUGCAGCACAGUCUUCAGUGGAGAUGACUGCCAGGUAAAUGGGGUAUAGGAUGACAGUCUUGGUCAUGCAGCAUUAUGGUGACUCAAAGCAGAAUGGGUGAUCCAUCUGCAGUGAAAAGUAUUGCAUUUGUGUUGGGAUCUUUACUUAGUCUCGUGUUGCAUUCAGAAAGUGAUGAGCGUGCAGGUCUGACCCAGCAACUCUUAGUGAGUAACAGGAGCUGACGGUUCCGCUCAAGAGCAGUCAUGUUUUGCACUGCCUUUGUCACGAGCAGACAAGAUGUCCUUAAGUCCCAAUCAAUUGCUGCCUCAGUUUUAGGCAUCCCACAGUUUCGUGACCAUGCAAAAAGAAUAGCCAUGUUGUGCUAUUUCCAAACCUUCAUUCCACCAUCACCCCAAUAUGGAGGAGAGCAAGUGCGGUUGUCAAGUAGAAACAUGUCCCACAGGGGGGAAGUGAAGGACCUCUUCUCCACCCGCCAUUUCUGUUCUGAUGGCUGCCUCUUGAGACUUCUUUUCUUUAAAGGAAAAAAAAUUAUAAUGUUAGGAGGAACUUACACCUGCAUGUAGCAUUGAGUUUGUCCCUUAUGAAAUGACAUGUUUUGUUAAGCAGAAAUAGCACUGCGUGAAAGAGAGCGUCAUUCAUUCUGAAUGCAUCUUUUCCUUCUCGUGUGGAACUUCAGUGGCAAGUGAUUGGUAGUUAAUUCAUUUUCUUUCUUUAAUAAUAAUAAUAAUCCUGAGACUGAGGCUUGUUAGGAAUCUUGUCCCUCUAUUCCCAGAUGUGUGUGUGAUGGUGGUGAGGCUCUAUGUAGCUUCUUGGUAGGAUAAGAAAGGCACUCUGCAAACAGGUCAAUACACCCUUUGUCUUCAUCACAACACUGGGCAGUCCAAACAGGUCCUGCAUAUCAGCCUUGCUGAGCUCUGCAAGCGAUGCAGCACAUAUUCUCAGUUGGGAAGGUGGAAUACGAGUUAGAAAGCCAAGUACUGUAAAUUUCUUUUACUUCAGUGACGUAAGUCAGCUGGUGCCGCUGCUGUUCCUAAAUUUUCCCUACCUCCCACAUAGAUAUUUUGCCAGUAUAAAGAAGAGUGGAGAGAAUGGAGGACCUCCUGUCCUUUAUUACCUGUUAAUAAACACUCUUGCUGUGCACUGCUCAUUAGUCAGCAAUACUUUUUCAGUGUCACAAGCGAGAAUUGCACUAUGACAUGUACCUGUAUGCAAAACAUCCAUCUUACAUUGGACCAAUGCUGAUGUAGAUUCAUAGGUUUAGUAGACAGAGGUGAACUGUAUAAGCUUGGUUUACGCCACCCAUCGCAAAUAGUAACAUGCUUUUGUUCACUCCUAACAACCCCCAAUAAUAAGCAUGAACAACAUAGGUGAAACUUCCCAUUUUUUUCUCAUAUCAUGAAUGUUACUCUAGACCUAUUUGCAGGUAUACAUUUGCACCUGUGUCUCUGCCUACUACCACAGCUUGUAGCAUUGCCAUUUGGGGUGAUGAGCUGGUUCAACAAUUGCUUGGUCCCCUCCUAAGUAUUUAUUGGCUGGCACAGAAAAUCUUAGGAGCAUGCUGAGACCACAUAUUCCAAGCACAGAAAAACAGCUGAUCAUGCAUCAUUCCUACAGGUGAUUUACAAAAGAUACGCAGGCAUUAAAAGAAAGUGAGAAUGGGGCCAAUAAUUGAUUUUUUUCGAGACAUCUGCCAAAUUAUAUCCCUCACCUUGACAUAUACCAAUAGUCACAUUCUCCAUUUGGGAACUUUCAACUUAGAUGUGUCUUAAAUAUGCAAAUAUGUCACAAUUGUACCUUGUCGUUGAAACAAAAUGAGAGGGAGAGAGAAACAAUAUUUGGUUUUUCAGUAUUGUUGGUAGUAAUUUGUCAAUGGGGCUGAUGGGGUCAGUCUUCUGAGUCUGAAGAAUAGCCAUAUGAAUAGUUUACCGUACAGCUGCCUCAGCUACACAACAAGGGGGGGGAGAGAUAACACUUGAGCUUCUGAAGAGAAGUGUAAUGUUAACUUACCGCAUUGUACCUGUGUGAAAGUAGGUAACAGUGUAAACAAGCUCAUGCAACUCAGCUAGGCAAUCUCUUGCAGUUAAAACCUUGGUUUUUAUACAGCCACAGAACUGAAUUGUGUGGAAAUAGACGUGUUUUCGCUCCUCUUUCCUCUACUGAGCUAAAGUGAAGUAUAGGGGCAAGAAGUGAGGGUUAAUUCAUAAUUGUAAAUGGAGUUAAUUAAUAAAGAAGCACAACUUUUAAUUGUGAUGUCGCUUUCUAGAAACUUUAACUGUCUAUCUUUAACUGUUCCUUUUAUCUGUACCUUAACCAUCUAUUGCAUUUGCAAAGCUACUUUUUGGGCUUAUUGUGUGAUUCCUUUAUAUUUAAGCAGUUUGGGGCAGCGCCCCAAGAAUGGAUUAAGAUUUACUUCAACCCAGGCAGUACAAAGGUAUAGGCAACGUGAGAUCCCUUAAGAGGAAUCUCCUCCCUUUCUUGCUGAUCCUUAUUUGGGAAAGCCUUGUCGAUGACGUUAUUAAACCUAAUCGCUGGUGACAAUGAUAUGAUAUACACAAUCUGCACAAAUUUGUAUAUUGUAUGCAUUGAUGCCUUUCCCGGUGAAGUCUUUUUAAUCAUUUCAAUGUUUUUUCAAAGUUGUUUUUUGUAACCAAAUGGUUUCUAUUUUCCCCGGAAGCGGAAUUUAAAAUUUUUUAAUGAUUAAUAUAAAGAUAUCUGCUGUUUCUCAGAGCUUUUUUCAGGCAAAGCUAAAAGCAAGAAUAAAACAACUGCUACGCUGUUUGCAAGAAUGUCAAGAACCCCUUUUUAUUGUUUGCAUUUGUCUUAGGCCCAUCUUCCCUAGUAGACACAACAUAUGUGGUUUUUGUUUCCUUUCUCUUCUCCUUCCCCCAGAAGGCAAAUGCUUUGUCUUUGUUUCCCAAAAAGCCACUUGAAACCUCAAUAAAGGCUGUUGCCUAAACACAGCA